AUGAUUGCCAGUAAAGGUUUUGGCUGUGGGUCAUCGCGCGAACAGGCUGUAAUGGCUCUACUUGGGCUAUUGGGAAUUACUAUGGCGGAUGAACAAUUCUUCGAGACUGCAACGGAAGGAGCUGAUGUUCCUAUCGACGUUGAUAAACGCACCUUAGAAGUUGCUGAGAGAAAGUUCCAAUUUCAAUUGAGCCAGAUGGAGAAGGAGCUACAGACCACGGUGGCGUUUCAUCCGCAAUUCAACUGUUUGGAAACAAAGUUUUCGAAGUCAUGA